GCCAGUAUCUGUGUAUUUUAUUGGGACUUAUUCACAAUAUGGUUUAUCUUCGAGAAUACUGUUUUAUAAUUAUUUCAUUAAUCCUACUAAAUAGAUUUAAUUAAUAACGUUUUUGUUACUAAAAUAUUUUCAGGCAAUAUGGGAUAUUUGGUGUCACCAGGAACAGUAUUCACAGUAAUGUUGAUAAUACUGAUAUUGUAUGUUACCUUGUUUCUUACCUGGAAACCUCUGCUGGAAUCGCCCAGGUUCUAUGGAAAACAUGCACUUCCAGUUGGUGCAAGGCAUUCCACCAUGGCGGUUAAACGGAAUUUAACCGGUCUCUUCAACACAGGAAAACCAGAUUUGAUUCGAGACAAUGUGUCUGAAACGAGGCCAAGGUCAGGUUCAAGCACCAUCACUCUCCCUACACUGACUUCUAGAGAGGACGUUUACAAAAGAGCCAAGAUGGUAAAAUCAGCUUGUAACAUUACCACAUCUCCAGAUGCAGACGUCAAAGCUGUAACAGAACUGCUGCGUAAAAGACUUGUAGUGCCAAUCCAAUUCCUAAUUGAGGACAAAUACAAGGUUCUUUUCUGUCAAAUUCCUAAGGCAGGAUCCACAAAUGUCAAACGAUUGUUCAUUGUAGCCAAUAAACAGAAAAACAUUACCUCCGACUUGGAUUUUAUGUCUAACAAAGCUCACCAAGUUUGGCGUGAAGAAAGAACCCUAUACCAGUACCUCACCCCAGCUAUAAAGAACUUUGAAGAAACCACAAAACGUCUGCUGGAAAAUUACACUAAAAUUCUCUUUGUGCGACACCCCUUCGAACGUCUCGUCUCAUAUUAUCGAAUGAUGUUCCAAAUUUUCUCCUACGAAGGUACCGAUGUUAGUAGAUCUUCUUGGGAUAUAUUCAAUCGCGUUCGGCGUCUGUACCAUCGCCCAGAGAUUCCGCGACAUCCUUCCCAAAAUCUCACCCAACUGUUCCCCUUUCGGGAUUUUAUUCAGUUUGUCAUUGACCAUUCAAAACGUACAAAAGAUGGCUCCUGGAAAGUUGAUAGCUAUGUAGACAUACACUGGUUGCCUAUAUCAGAACAGUGCUUUCCCUGCCAGGUGCGCUAUGACAUCAUAGGCAAAUUGGAAACCUUCGAUGAAGAUCUUGACCAAGUAGCAAAACACGUCGGUAUUCGCCAGAAAAUUCUCUAUCCUUCUUCUAUGAAACGAAAAACAUUUGGACACGUCAAAGAGGCCUUUAAAACACUGUCGCUCCAGCAGAUUGCAGAAUUAAAGAGAAUUUACAGCCAAGAUUUUAAACUUUUUAAUUAUGAACAUGAUGAGUGAGGAAUACGAUGAUGCAGUGGAGUGAAUGUAAUAUAACUCUCAUCUUGGCAACUUAAGAGAACGUUGAGAAAUCUCGGAAGCUGUUCAGGGUAACAAUUCAUUUAAUAUUUUAGACUAUGAUUAACUUAGAUUAAAAUAAAAAGAAUCAUGUUUAAAAAGUGGGCAGUGCUAUUACACAACGUACUGUUAUGUGUCAAUCAUGAUUCCUUAAAGACUUAGAUAAUUAAUUAGAAAUGGCAUCCGAAUGCAAGGAGGGUUAAGUUAUGAUUGAGGAGUAGUGCGAUUUGUUUUGACCCGAAAAUUCCGUAUUAGAUAUUUGACGAAAGUAUUAAGAGGGCUGUAAAACUGUAGAAAAGCUCCCUCUUAUUUGAAAUCCGUUGCGUGCCACUAAAUCAUAUAAGUAUCAGACUGUUGUUAAAAUUUAAAAAGAUGUGCGUAACACUGACUCUGCGUGCUGCCAAAUGAAUUAUUUCAAAGAACUGACGACUUACCAUUAACCAAAGGCAAUCGUGACCUUCAGUGACGUUGUGUAGACAAAUAAUUCUGGAAUAGUGACUCUUUUACACACAGAACGCUAUAACGCCAUAUGUGCAAUGAGUAACUACAGACAUGUACCUCGGCUUUCUUCGUCCGAAUUGUGACCAGAAAAUAAGGCACAGGUAGUGAUCUUACUUAGGCCCCGAUUUUAGUCUGCUCACCAAAAAUCAUACAGGAGAUGUAACUUUAAACAUUUUAUUCUAUUAUAGAUCGUCCAUUGGAGUGGAUGAUUCCGACAUCUUGAAUAAUACGGAUUUCGUAAUCAUUUCCCAAUUCAAAUAAACUUAUAUUCUUAUAUUUCAGGGUAUAUGUCCUUAAACUGCUAAAUAUACAGCUUUGUGUUUUUACGGCGAUAAAAUGUUGAUAAAUCGCAGUGGUGACAGAAGAAAUGGGAAAUUUUGAAAUCAAAACCGAAUUAUAGAUCGUUAUUUGUCAAUGGCUUGGGAUUUGGUGCAACUUGAUAAAAAGGGAAAUUUCCUGUCAAUUCCCAGGGUAUUUUGCUUUGAUUUGUGAAGGUCUUAUGCAAAGUAAGAUGGUCUGAAAUUAUGAAAAAUUUAAUUUUUUUAAAGGGAACAAACAUGUUUUCUACCCAUGAGCAUUUACUUGUUUAAUUUAUCAUCAUUAUACAACAAGAAACGAAAAGCAUAUUUGACUUAACUGUCUGCAAAUAGGUUCAUAAAUCCGA